UGACUAUAAAAACGCAGAAAAAUGUAUAUAAAAGAGUAGAAACAGUAUGGAAUCGGUCAAUGAUUCAAGGUUUACAAAAAAUCCCGUAAAUUUUGGUGAUCUGUCAAGCUAUGAAGAUGAUAGUGAUAGCGAUGGAUAUAUGCCUGAGAGCUCUGGGAGUGAUGAGGAAUAUGAUGAGAGCGAUUUGAACGACGAAGAUUGGACAGAAAUUGGGAGAAAUAGGGACUUUACGAAGCAGUAUAAUCGCCAAAGACAUAUUAUCCAGAUGUCAAAGGAUGGUUUUGAUGGUUCCAGAGGGGUUCCAAGAGUAAAUAUUCGUGGUAUAGAAGGGAAUUCUCAAAAUAAGUCAAACAUUGAAACAGUGGAUGUUUUGAACAAAUAUAUGAGCCGAUUGAAUUUUAAGGAUUAUUAUCCAUGUGAUGAAAAAGUCAAAAUAUCAAAAGAUAAGUCGGAUAGAGCAACAACAGAACAAGUUUUGGAUUUAAGGACACGGAUUAUCCUUUUUAAAUUAAUAAAUAAAGGGAUAAUAUACAAGAUAAAUGGAUGUGUAAGUACUGGUAAAGAGGCAAAUGUUUAUCAUGCGGUUACUGAAAGUGGGGAACAAAGAGCUAUUAAAGUCUAUAAAACAUCUAUUUUGGUCUUUAAGAAUAGAGAUCGUUAUGUAUCUGGUGAAUAUAGGUUUCGACAUAAUUAUAGUAGACAUAAUCCUAGAAAAAAAGUGAAACUUUGGGCAGAAAAAGAAAUGCGAAAUUUAAAAAGAUUAUAUCAGGCAGGAAUUCCCUGUCCUGAACCAUUGUAUCUUCGUAUGCAUGUUCUUGUUAUGAGUUUUCUUGGAGGAAAUGACUCUUGGCCAUAUCCACGUCUUAAAGAUGCAAAUAUAUCAAGCAACAAAUAUCCCGAUUUGUAUUUUCAGUUGUUAUGUUAUAUUCGAAUCAUAUAUCAAGUUUGUCAUUUGGUACAUUCUGAUUUAUCAGAAUAUAAUAUUUUAUAUCAUUCGAAAGUUUUAUAUAUUAUUGAUGUAUCACAAUCGGUUGAACAUAAUCAUCCUCAUAGUUUAGAUUUUUUACGAAUGGAUAUUACUAAUAUUAAUGAUUUUUUUCGAAAAAAUGGUGUAACAUGUUUCAAUGCAAAAGCUAUAUUUGAUUUUGUCAUAUCUGACUCUGGUGGAACGACUAAAGAGGAAAUUGAAAAGACUUUGAUUGAGAUGCAGAGUUCGGAGAAGUUUCAAGAGUCAAUUGAUUUUAAAGAAGAUAUGGUAUUCAAAUAUUCAUAUAUUCCCCAAACGCUUAAUCAAGUUAAUGAUGAGGAAAAAGAUAUAGAAUUAAUUAACAACAAAAAUGGAGAUAGUCUUUUAUACAAGAGAUUAAUUAAUAUUUCUUCAGAAUCUGAAAUAGAUAACGAUAUUGAAUCAGAUUAUUAUGAUAAAACUGAUUCUAUAUUGGAUGGCAAUUUUAAUAAAAAUGAUGAGUCUAAGCCUAGUCUUUCAAGAUUAAAGAAGUUUGAAGAUAAAAAUGUAAAAAAGGAACGUAAAACUCAAGUUAAAGAAAUAAAUAAAGAACGUAGGAAACACAAAUUGCAUAAGGCUGAAAAGAAACAAAAAAUUAAAGCGUCUAAAAAAAGAAAAAGUAAAUAAUUUUUUAAAGAAAAAUAAUUAAUCUAUUUCUUAAGAAAAUAUAUU